UUUCCUUCGUGAGGAAAGGAAGUAGUCCCCCCGCUCAUUUAUAAGGCCACUGCCGCCGUAGAAGCACUUGAUCAUUCAAGCACACAGCCUCCCUACCUGCCCUGGCGGCUGCUGUCCUCUCGCUUCGUGUCCACAAGUUGUCCGUCGACGUCGGCCGGCUUUUUGAUCGGGACUCCACCCUUGGCCAACUCUCCCGAGUCCCCGAAAUCAUUGCCUCCCUGCCUUUGUUGUGCGCGCUCCUCCGACGAGAGAGCGGGCGACAGUGCGCGUUGAGAGGGGGGUGGGCUCCCCUCUCCUCUGUCGGCGGGGCCCAGCGUGAUCGGGCACCGCGUGCGCUGCUCUUGCGGCGCGCCGCUCCUCAGACCGGCUGGUAGACGCGACGCGCUCGCACGGCCCGGGUGCGCGCUGCGGACUGUCGUUCCCCUCUCGCCUUCGCCAAAGCCGCAGAUCGGAGCCGCGACUUCGCGCGCCGCACCAUUCGUCCAGGAAUAUUUCAACCAGCGACAUCGAAGGAUGAUUACGAUCAAGCCGCGACGCUGACAAGGCGACCUGACGUUCAUCGCCGGGACCAGAGGGAAUACCUUCCCUUGCGGUGCGCAACUCGGGCGCCCAUGGCUGGGGACUGCUGUCGACUGCUGCUGCCGCUGCUCAUGCUGUGGGCCUCGCUGUGGCUGACACCGGCCAGCGGCAGCAGCAGCUGGGGCUCGUGGGUGGGCCGGGGCCUGCCGCGCACAGCCGAGUCGCGCGCCGAGGGAUUCGUGCGCUGCCCGACUCUGUGCGUCUGCCAGGCGGUGAACCGGGGCAAGCGGAUCACCUGCGACCUCGGCGGCAUGCACUCGAUACCGACUCAGCACAUGGACAAGGACAUCCGGGUGCUGCAGAUCACGGCGCCCCCGGAGCACCCCAACGAGCUCAUCAUCGGCAGGAUAUUCCUCCAGUUCACUGCGCUCGAAGAGGUGCGGAUCACGCGCUCUAACGUGCCGGCCAUCGGUGACAGCUCGUUCUGGCCAGGAAAGAGGUUACAAAUACUCGACUUGAGCCACAACAACAUCAGCAUCCUUCGCGACUCGGACUUCCGUGGACUUUCCGAGCUGCGGUUGCUCAACCUGAGCCACAACCACAUAGCGCGGGCUCCCUCGGCGCCCUUCCGCUUCCUGUCCAAUUUGACGAGCCUGAUCCUGUCGGAGAACAGGCUGGAGGCGCUGGCGCCUCGCUUCCUUUACCUGCUGCCGAGGCUGCAGAGGCUCGACCUUAGCGGGAACCCCCUGAAGAGCCUCGACCCGGACCAUCUGAAGGACGUGCGGCCGUUGCGGGUGCUCGGCCUGGCCCGCUGCCAACUCACCAGGCUCCAUUCGCUCAUCUACCAGCACCUGUCGAACCUGGAGUCCCUAGACCUGCAGGACAACCAGCUGAGCAAGCUGGCGCCUGAAGAGUUCCGCCACCUGCGCAAGCUGCGGGUGCUCAAGCUGGACGGCAACCGGCUCGAGAAGAUGCCCGAGCGGGUGCUGGACGGCCACUCGCUCAGCCAGCUGGGCUUGUCCCGCAACCAGUUGUCGUCGCUAGACCCGUGCGCCUUCUGCAACGCGUCCGUCGAGGAGCUGGACAUGUCGCGCAACAGGCUGCAGUCGGGCGAGGGCGACCCGCUGCGCCCCCUCGCCUCGUCGCUGGACCGGCUGGACCUGAGCUGGAACCCGCUGUCCGGCGACGCCGCUGCCGCGCUGGUGCGCUCCCUCAGGCGCCUCAGCGUGCUCCGCCUCGAGGGCCUCGGGCUCCAGAACCUGCCCUCGGAGACGUUCGGCGGCGUGCGCACCCUGCGGGAGCUGGGGCUGCGACACAACCGGUUCAGCAGCCUUCCGCAGGGCCUCCUGACGCCCCUCAAGUCGCUCGAGAGCCUUGACCUGGCCUUCAACCGGAUGCGCGGCGUGGCGCCCGAAUCGGUGCGCGAGCUCGACUCGCUGCCCGCGCUCUCGCGGUUUACGGCACACGACAACCCCUGGCAGUGCAAGGAGUGCCAGGUGAUGGAGCUGUCCCGUUGGCUUGCCGAGCGGCCGCUCGACUGUGGCGGACCGUGCCCCGCGUGCGCCGCUCCGUCCAACCUGGCCGGGCAGUCUCUCGCCUUUCUGCCCGUCCACGAUCUGGAGCCCUGCCGGGAGCCGCUCGUCCAGCGGCGGCUCUCGCGGGCCGAGUCCCAGGUGGGCCUCAUAGUGGCCAUCAUCAUCAUCAUGCUCCUGGUGACGGUCAUUGUGGCCACGGUGGUGAUCUACAGGCGCCAGGGCGCCGUCUAUUACACGCACGAAGACGACCGGCGCAUGUCCUGCACCGACGUGAAGCGGCCCUCGAUCGUGGCGACGCCGCCCGCUGACGACAUCAAGGACAGCGCCAAGAUUGCCGCCUGCUGAACGCACACCGGAACGGCUCGCGACCGUGCCCUUUGUGAUAGCCAGCCGCGCCAGCGUCCAGGACGGUGCGCAGGAAGCCCAGGCUGUGUCCCCCUAAGUCAGCAACCGCCGGCGGUUUCACCCUACUCGCCCACUCUGGCGAACUGGCUGCCUGCCGCCCGGACAUUGCGGGAGCUCGCGGCUCCAUGCUUCAGGCGUGCUUGUGCACCUACCAGCACCAGGUGGCCAAUGCGUAUCACAGGAAACGUGGCCGAGGUGCGCGAGCCGCUAGCAAUAUGAGGACCCCUUUUUUUCCGCGUGCAUGCAGACUGCGGUGGUGCCAGACAUCAUCUUGUCCUCACCCGCCACAUAGUCAGCCCGUGUCCUAUAGUCCACCGACCCCGACCGGGAUGGGUGUUAUCGGUUCCUCGACACACACACACACACACACACACACACACACACACACACACACACACACACACACACGCACGCACGCACACACACACGCACGCACGCACACGCACACGCACGCACACGCACACGCACACGCACACGCACACACGCACACACACACGCACACACACACACACACACACACACA